AUGGCGGCUCCGGCCCUCCCCCCCACCCUCCUCAUCCUCCUCUUCGGCCUCCUGGUGCUGCUCGGAACCCCCGCCCGCGCCCAGAUGGUGACCCUGGUGACCCCGGCCGUGCUGCGGCUCGAGGCGGACGAGCUGGUGGUGCUGGAGGCUCCCGGGCUGGCGGCAGCGGCUGAGGCCUCUCUGAUGGUUCAGGAUUUCCCCCAGAAGCGCCAGGUCCUGUUCCAGACCCGCCUGGCCCUGAGCCCAGCCCAGGGCAUGAUGGCCACGGCCACCAUCAAGGUUCCGGCCAAGCUGCUGCCACCGGCACGGGGGAAGCAGUUUGUGGCGGUGACAGCGCGGGUGGCCACAGUGACAGUGGAGAAGGUGCUGCUGGUGUCUCCUCAGAGCGGCCACAUCUUCGUGCAGACCGACAAACCCAUCUACACCCCCGGGGCCACCGUGCUCUGCCGCCUCUUCACCGUGGGCCACCUCAUGCAGCCGGUGGCCAAGUCUGUCAUCGUGGAGGUCAAGACGCCCGACAACGUCAUCAUCAAACAAGUGCCGGUGUCGUCCCCGACCAAGAACGGGAUCCUGUCCCUCAACCACAACCUGCCAGAGGUGGUCAGCCUGGGCAUGUGGACGAUUUCGGCCAAAUUUGAGGAUUCUCCGGAUCAGGUGUUCAGCACCCAGUUUGAGGUCAAGGAGUACGUGCUGCCCAGCUUCGAGGUGGCCCUGGAGCCCGAGGAGAAGUUCCUGUACAUUGACCGCCAGGAGGAUUUCCGCGUAUCCAUCCUGGCCAGGUACCUGUACGGGAAGCACCUGGACGGGACAGCCUUCGUGCUCUUCGGGGUCACGGUGGAUGACGAGAAGAGGAGCAUCCCUCAGUCCCUGCGGCGUGUGGUGGUCCAGAACGGUGACGCCGAGGCCGUGCUGUCCAUGGCGCACCUGCGCGAGCGCUUCCCCAACCCCCAGGAGCUUGUGGGACACUCCCUCUAUGUCACUGUCACCGUCAUCACCGAGUCAGGCAGUGACAUGGUGGAGGCCCAGCGCAGUGGCAUCCGCAUCGUCACCUCCCCCUACAGCAUCCACUUCACCCGCACCCCCAAGUACUUCAAGCCAGGGAUGCCCUUUGACUUCACGGUUUAUGUCACCAAUCCCGACCAGUCCCCGGCGCCACGCGUCACCGUCCAGGCCGACGGCUUCCAGGGCCAGGUGUCCACCCAGCGCGACGGCACGGCCAGGCUGGUCCUCAACAUGCCAGCCAACAAGGACAGCGUCCCCAUCACCGUGCGCACGGCCCAGCCCGGCCUGCCCGCGGUGCGCCAGGCCUCGCGGCAGAUGACCGCCGAGGCCUACCACAGCCAGGCCGGCUCCGGCAACUUCCUGCACCUGGCAGUGGCUGCGGCCGAGCUGCAGCCCGGCGACAACCUGGCCAUCAACUUCCACCUCAAGACCAGCAACAACGACGUCCGCAACUCCGUCCCCUUCUUCACUUACCUGGUCAUGAGCAAGGGCCGCAUCCUGCGUGCUGGCCGGCAGCAGCACGAGGCUGGCCAGAGCCUGGUGACGAUGACACUGCUGGUGACGCCCGAGCUCAUCCCAUCCUUCCGCGUCGUCGCCUACUACUUCGUGAUGCCUGGCGAGAUUGUGGCUGACUCCGUCUGGGUGGACGUCAAGGACACCUGCAUGGGCACCCUGGUGGUGAAGGGGGCGACAGAAGGUGACAACCGCGUCCAGGAGCCAGGGACGCCGAUGAGGCUGCGCAUCGAGGGCGACCACGGGGCCCACGUGGGGCUGGUUGCUGUGGACAAGGGGGUCUUCGUGCUCAGCAAGAAGAACAGGCUCACCCAGAGCAGGGUGUGGGACACGGUGGAGAGAGGUGACAUCGGCUGCACCCCGGGCAGCGGCAGGGACAACGUUGGGGUCUUCGCGGACGCUGGCCUGAGCCUGGCCACCAACGUCCAGGUCACCACCCCCCAGCGCUCAGAGGUCCUUUGUCCCCAGCCUGCCAAACGCAAGCGCCGCUCGCUGGCACUCGCCGAGUACAAGGGCACCAAGGCGGCCGAGUACUCCGACAAGCAGGAGCGGAAGUGCUGCGAGGACGGGAUGAAGGACAACCCGAUGGGGCACGGCUGCGAGCGCAGGGCAGAGUACAUCCAGGAGGGCGAGGUCUGCGUCCAAGCCUUCCUCGACUGCUGCCGAUACAUCAAGGCCAAGCGCGACCAGCAGAACCUGGUGCCCAGCACCGGCCUGGCCAGAAGCCAGGAGGAGGACGACCUCUUCUUGCCGGACUCGGACAUCGUCUCGCGGAGCCUCUUCCCUGAGAGCUGGAUGUGGCAGGUGGAGCAGCUGACAGAGGUGCCCAACGAGCUUGGGGUCUCGGCCAAGACGCUGCCAGUGUACCUGAAGGACUCCAUCACCACCUGGGAGGUCCUAGCUGUCAGCCUCUCCCCCUCCAAAGGAAUGUGCGUGGCCGACCCCUACGAGAUCACGGUGAUGAAGGACUUCUUCAUCGACCUGCGCCUGCCCUACUCAGUGGUGAGGAACGAGCAGGUGGAGAUCCGCGCCAUCCUCUACAACUACCGGCUGCACGACAUCACGGUGCGGGUGGAGCUGGUGCACAACCCUGACCUGUGCAGCCCCUCCACGGCCAAGCAGCGGUACCGGCAGGUGCUGAACAUGAAGGCCGAGUCCUCGCGCGCCGUCUCCUUCGUCAUCGUCCCCCUCAAGCUCGGCCUGCUGGACAUUGAGGUCAAGGCGGCCGUGCGCAACAAGUACGUGAGUGACGGCAUCAAGAAGAAGCUCCGCGUGGUGCCCGAGGGGAUGCGGCUGGAGAAGACGGUGAAGAUUGUGGAGCUGGACCCGCAGAACAAGGGAGUCAACGGGGUGCAGGAGGAGCGGGUGAAGGCCGCGGACCUCUCGGACAUCGUCCCCGACACAGAGUCGGAGACCAGAGUCAGCAUCCAGGGCAACCCGGUGUCCAUCCUGGUGGAGAAGUCCAUCGACGGCGCCAAGCUGAAGCACCUGAUAGUGACGCCAUCAGGCUGCGGCGAGCAGAACAUGAUCAGCCUGACGCCCACUGUCAUUGCUGUCCACUACUUGGACAACACCCAGCAGUGGGAGAACUUGGGCGUCGACCGCCGCGCUGAGGCCAUCGAGCUGAUCCGGAAAGGUUACACCCAACAAUUGGCCUACCGCAAGCCCGACAGCUCCUAUGCUGCCUUCCUAGACCGCUCCUCCAGUACCUGGCUGACCGCCUACGUGGUCAAGGUGUUCGCCAUGGCCGGGAAGCUGACGGACAUCGAGCACAGAGAGAUCUGCGGCCCCAUCAAGUGGCUCAUCCUCAACAAGCAGAAGCCGGACGGGAUCUUCCAGGAGGACGCGCCUGUCAUCGUGAAGGAGAUGAUGGGUGGCUACCAAGGCACCGAGCCUGAGGUGUCCCUCACCGCCUUCGUCCUUGUCGCCCUGGAGGAGGCGCGUGACACCUGCCAGGAGCACGUCAACAGCUUGGACGAGAGCAUCACCAAGGCCGCUGGGUUCCUGGCGCGGCGCUACGAGCAGCUGCGGCGGCCCUACACGGUGGCGCUGGCAUCCUACGCGCUGGCCCUGGCCGGGAAGCUCCAGAGCGAGAAGGUCCUCAUGAAGCACUCCAAAGGUGGGGCCAGUUGGGAGGAGGACAACGCCCACACCUACAACAUCGAGGGCACGUCCUAUGCGCUGCUGGCCCUGGUGAAGAUGAAGAGGUCGGAGGUGGCCGAGCCAGUGGUCCGGUGGCUGGCCCAGCAGAACCGCUACGGGGGUGGCUUCGGCUCCACCCAGGCCACCAUCCUGGCAUUCCAAGCGCUGGCGCAGUACCAGGUGGAGGUGGAGGCGCGGGCGCAGCCACAGCUGGAGCUGGACGUGUCGGUGCUGCUGCCGCGCCGCGCCAGCCCCAUCAAGUACCGUAUCGAGAACCGCAAUGCGCUGGUAGCGCGUUCCACAGAGACCAAGCUGAACGAGGACUUCACAGUGAAGGCAGAGGGCGUGGGCAGGGGGACAAUGACAGUGGUGACCGUGUACCAUGCCAAGGUCCCCGAGAAAGACAACAAAUGUGACAACUUCGAGCUGAGCGUGGACGUGGAGGAGGUGAACAUGGGCAAGGAAGAGGAGGACGUCAUCAGGUCUAUCAAGAUCACCAUCUGCACCAGGUACCUGGACGCCGUGGAUGCCACCAUGUCCAUCCUGGAUGUGUCCAUGCUCACGGGGUUCUCGCCAGACGUGCAGGACCUGCGCAGGCUGUCCGAGGGCGUGGACAGGUACAUCUCCAAGUUCGAACUGGACCAGGACCAAGAGCGGAGCAACGUUGUCAUUUACCUGGACAAGGUGUCACACAAGGCCCAGGAAUGUUUCGCCUUCAAGGCCCACCAGCGGUUCCAGGUGGGGCUGAUCCAGCCCGCGGCCAUCAGCGUCUACAGCUACUACGGGAUCGACGAUCGCUGCACCCGGUUCUACCACCCGGACAAGGAGGGAGGGAAACUGAGCAAGAUCUGCCAGGGGGAAGUUUGUCGCUGCGCUGAAGAGAGCUGCUUCCAGCGGCAGGAGCAGCCCGAGGCUGUCACCGUCAACCAACGCAUCGAGCGCGCCUGCGAGCCCGGGGUGGACUUCGUGUACAAAGUGAGGCUGGUGGCCCGCGAGGAGACCCUGUCCCACGACAAUUACGUAAUGAAUGUCCUGUCGGUCAUCAAGAUGGGCACGGACGAGGACCCCGCCGGCAGCAACCGAACCUUCGUGAGCCACCAGCAGUGCCGGGACGUGCUGCGACUGCGCCAGGGACACGAGUACCUGGUGUGGGGACAGGCCAGCGACCUGUGGGUCACCGGCAGGCAGUUCUCGUACCUGGUGGGGAAGGACACCUGGCUGGAGGAGUGGCCCUCGGAGGGCUCCUGCCAGGACGCGUCACUGCAGCGGCGCUGCCAGGACUUCGCCGAGUUCGCCGAGGCCAUGAUGCUCUUCGGCUGUCCCAGCUGAGCCACCAGGGCCACCAGGUGUCACCGAACCCUGGGUGUCACCCACCCUCGGUGUCACCCACCCCUGGGUGUCACCCACCCCUGGGUGUCAC